AAAAAAGAAAAGAAACAUUUGUGACUCAAAUCUACGGUUUCCACUACAGUCACGCCUUCCUUCCUCCUUCUUCCUCGUCGCUUCCGCACCUCUGAACCUCUCUUAGAUCUCCACACAAUCAAAUCCUAGAGAGAGAGAGAUAGAGUUCCUUUUCGAAGCUUUAAGAGUGUGUAAAAUAAAAUGACAACUAGCUAUUGAGUUGGAUCCUAGUUAGUUUUCGUGAUUAGGUUUUUUGAAAUCGACUGAAAGAAAAAUGGUAUUCAAGAACAAGCUCUUCUUCUCAUCAAAAAAAUCCGGAUCCUCGAGCCCCGAUAGCUCCAACAGUCCCAGAUCCGUCGGCUCCAACUCCCCCAACCGAUCGGACAAGAAGAAGUCGAAAUCCGCCUCCAAGGAUGAAUCAUCAUCCCCGAUCCCUAGCCCGAGCUCCCUCGGCGGUUUCGGUUGCAAGCAGGCUUCGUCGUCGGUUAAAGACGGUUUGAAGAAGAAUAAAGGAAAAGAAGUUCCGUCUCCUCAAGCUCCUCAAGCUCCUCACUCUAUCGGCAAAUCGAACUUGUCUCCCAGCUCCGAGGCGAAGAAGAGCAGCAGCAGCGAGCGAGGAGGACCGGCGUUUGUUUCUCCGAUCAUGGCGUCGUCUCUGGGAUUGAACCGGAUCAAGACGAGAUCCGGACCUUUGCCUCGGGAGAGUGUUUUCAAUUUCCGGAACGAUGGAGAGACUCCGCCUCUGCUGUGUACCAGCAAGUUGUCGAAGAUGGUUACUGAUGGUGGUGGUUCGGGUUCUGGUUCUGGUUCGGGUUCGGGAUCAGGUUCGUCUGGAUUUGGUAGUGGAGAUAAGAAGAAGGAAGCUGGGAGUGUAAUGCUGAGGUUUGAAGAGAACAUGAGCCGCGCUCAAAACAGUGGUCGUGAUAGUAGUAUGUCUCCUGAUACUGGAGUACCGCCGAAGAGCCUCAGCCCUACGUUGCCGCCGACUUCUGGAUCUCGAUUGCAGAAUGCUUCUGCAUCCUCAUCUGGAGCUGGCCGCUCUGGACCUUUAAAAAGUUCAGACUUCUGCACCCCAGAGAAUUCGUAUGAGUGGGAAAAUCCAAAAGAGUCAGAAUCACCGCGUUAUCAAGCCUUACUUCGUAUGACAAGUGCUCCUCGGAAAAGGUUUCCUGGUGACAUCAAAAGCUUUUCUCAUGAGCUUAACUCUAAAGGUGUACGGCCCUUUCCGUUGUGGAAGCCUCGUAGGUCCAACAAUGUCGAGGAAAUACUGGUUCUGAUUCGGGCAAAAUUUGAUAAAGCAAAGGAAGAAGUAAACUCUGACCUUAAAGUAUUUGCUGCCGACCUGGUGGGAAUUCUUGAGAAAAAUGCAGAAAGCCAUCCUGAGUGGGAGGAAACAUUUGAAGACUUAUUAAUUUUGGCUCGCAGUUGUGCUAUGACUACUCCUGGAGAUUUCUGGCUUCAGUGUGAAGGCAUAGUUCAAGAUUUAGAUGAUAGACGUCAAGAGCUUCCUCCUGGCGUUCUCAAACAGCUUCAUACACGGAUGCUUUUUAUACUUACCAGAUGUACGAGAUUGCUACAGUUUCACAAGGAAAGUUGGGGAGAAGAGGAACAAGUUGUGCAGCUACGUCAGUCCAGAGUUUUGCAUUCUCUCGAAAAAAUACCUCCCAGUGGAGCGGGAAGGAGUGCAAGUGCUGCAAAGGUCUUAAAGAUACCACCAUCCACCAAGAAAGCUUAUAGUCAGGAGCAGCGUGGUUUGCAGUGGAAGGAGGACGUUGUUGUACGCUCAGUUCCUCCCCUAUCUCCUUCUGAAAAUGAUGUUCUUAAAGAAUCUGACUCUCCUGCAAACAUUGAUAGAAUGUCUUCGUGGAAGAAGCUUCCAUCUCCAGUACUGAAAACUGUGAAAGAAGCGCCAGCCUUGGAAGAGCAGAAUCAUAACAAAGUUGAACCUCCAAAUCUGGUUAAGAAUCGACAUGCGGCUGUCUCUACUCUCAGCGGCCCUCCCGCAAAAGAUUCUCAUGAACAUUCCCCCAAGCAUCGGCACAAUGUAUCUUGGGGUUACUGGGGGGAACAGCCACUUGUUUCGGAAGAAAGUUCAAUAAUGUGCCGUAUCUGUGAGGAGGAGGUUCCCACUACACAUGUUGAAGAUCACUCUAGAAUUUGUACAUUAGCUGAUAAAUAUGACCAGAAAGGAUUGAGUGUUGAUGAGCGGCUAAUGGCAGUUGCUGGAACUCUAGACAAGAUAGCAGAGACCUUCAGGCAUAAGGAUAGCCUAGCAGCUGGAGAAAGCCCAGAUGGUAUGAAAGUAUCCAAUUCAAAUUUGACUCAAGAGUGUGAUGUUCUCUCGCCAAGGUUGAGUGAUUGGUCGCGGAGAGGGUCUGAAGACAUGCUUGACUGUCUCCCAGAGACGGAUAAUUCAGUUUUUAUGGAUGAUCUAAGAGGUCUACCCUUAAUGUCAUGUAAAACACGUUUUGGUUCCAAGUCUGAUCAAGGCAUGACAACUUCAUCUGCCAGUAGCAUGACGCCUAGAUCUCCAAUUCCGACCCCUAGACCUGAUCCAAUUGAAAUGAUUCUAGGAGGCAAGGGUACUUUCCAUGAUCACGAUGAAUAUCCACAGAUGAGCGAACUUGCUGACAUUGCAAAAUGUGCAGCAGAUGCCAUUCCGGGGGAUGAACAAUCUAUUCCAUUUUUACUUUCUUGUCUUGGAGAUCUGAGGGUUGUCAUAGACCGCAGUAAGUUUGAUGCACUUACCGUAGAAACUUUUGGGACUCGCAUAGAAAAGUUAAUCCGGGAGAAAUAUCUGCAGAUCUGUGAGCUUCUGGAUGAUGAAAAAGUUGACUUAUCAAGCACUGUAAUUGAUGAAGAUGCUCCUUUAGAAGAUGAUGUUGUUCGAGGCUUGAGGACCAGUCCAGUACACCCGCGCGACCGCACGUCCAUAGAUGAUUUUGAGAUCAUAAAACCAAUAAGUCGGGGAGCAUUUGGGAGAGUUUUUUUGGCUAAAAAGAGAACAACAGGAGAUCUAUUUGCAAUCAAGGUUCUGAAAAAGGCAGAUAUGAUCCGCAAGAAUGCUGUUGAAAGUAUACUAGCCGAACGUGAUAUUUUGAUCAAUGUCCGCAAUCCCUUUGUGGUACGUUUCUUCUAUUCUUUCACAUGUCGUGACAACCUAUAUCUGGUGAUGGAGUAUUUGAAUGGAGGGGACCUGUAUUCGUUAUUGAGAAAUUUGGGUUGCUUAGAGGAAGAUAUUGUCCGUGUGUAUAUUGCCGAAGUUGUCCUUGCUUUGGAAUAUCUGCAUUCUGAGGGUGUUGUUCAUCGUGAUUUGAAGCCUGAUAAUUUGUUGAUUGCGCAUGAUGGUCAUAUCAAGUUGACAGAUUUUGGGCUCUCCAAAGUUGGUCUCAUCAACAGCACAGAUGAUCUGUCUGGUCCUGGGAUAUCUCUGCUUGAUGAGGAGGAAUCACGAUUACCAACAUCCGAGCAUCAGCUUGAAAGGCGCAAGAAACGGUCUGCUGUGGGUACUCCUGACUACUUAGCGCCAGAAAUUCUUUUAGGGACAGGACAUGCUGCAACUGCGGAUUGGUGGUCUGUUGGAAUCAUUCUGUUUGAACUCAUUGUGGGAAUUCCACCUUUCAAUGCUGAGCAACCUCAGCAAAUAUUUGACAAUAUUCUCAAUCGUAAUAUACCAUGGCCUCAUGUCCCGGAAGAAAUGAGUGCUGAAGCCCACGAUAUUAUAGACCGAUUUUUAACAGAAGAUCCUCAUCUGAGACUUGGAGCUAGAGGGGCUGCUGAGGUCAAGCAGCACAUCUUCUUUAAAGACAUCAAUUGGGAUACACUAGCGAGGCAAAAGGCUGCAUUUGUUCCAGCUUCAGAGAGUGCAAUCGACACUAGUUACUUCAGAAGUCGCUACUCGUGGAACACAUCGGAUGAGCAAUUUUUCCCAUCAGGCGAGGUUCAAGAUUAUAGUGAUGCUGAUAGCUUGAGUGGCAGCAGUGGUUGCUCGAGCAAUGGUCAUGAGGAGGGAGAGGUCGAAGAAAGCGACGGACAAGCAGAGUCCGAGUCUGGCGUACCUGUAGAUUACUCUUUCAGUAAUUUCUCGUUUAAGAACCUGUCGCAGUUGGCAUCAAUCAACUACGAUCUUCUAUCUAAAGGCUGGAAAGAUGAGCCACAACCAAACUCGCAUCCCAAGUAAUAAUAUGCUUAUUACAGUUUGGCCAAAGCCAAAGCCUUUUUAAAUCCAAACCAAAUGUGCAUGAAAAUGCAAAACUGAGGUGUAUAUUUAUCACAGAGAAGAUCAAAUAUUAUUUUGACAAAAAAAAAAUCAAUAUAUAUGAUGACAAUUAAAAGCCUA